AUGGAAGUAGGCAAGAGAAUGGAGAUGUUACAAAGGAAGUCGUCGAUAGAGACAGAGCCCAUGACAUUGCAUCUCGAUCAAAUAGAAAAUGCUCGAGAGGAAGCAUUAUACGUGAUAAAAACAAAGACCUUUCAGGAAGCAUUAGAUAUUUUCACAAAGGAGACGCAAGAGGGGUUAAGAGCUGAUGACGAGAAAAGAGGAAGAAGUCUAGAUUUGAAGGAUUAUGAUGAAGAAGAUGAGAGAUUAAUCUUUCUUGAUCCUAAUGGUUGGGAUAUUGCUUCUGCUCCUUUUUAA